AUGGCGGAAGAGACGGUGACCGAUGCUCUACAAACUCCUGUUGAUCACAAUGCUGCGGCCGCUGAAGACGCCAAGAAGCUCCUAGCAGAACUGCAGGGCGACGCCGAGCAGAAGCAAGAACUUGGUGAAACUGCAACCGUCGACAAGGCUGAGACCGAUGCUUCAGACAAGAAAGAGACGGGUGGUAAAGAUCGCGAACACCGCGACGACCGGGCACAUAACUCACGUGGUGGUCGAGGCGGCCGGGGCGAUCGCAGAGGAGGAUAUGGCUCCCGCAACAACCGUAACAAUAGCAAAUUCGACCCGACCUCUCAAGAAGUGACCAAUGACCCUGUUGCUAUUCGGAAGCAGGUUGAGUUCUACUUCUCCGACUCGAAUCUGCUCACCGAUACAUUUAUCCGCAACUCGAUCAAAGACAGCGAGAAUCAGUCCGUCGAUCUGAUAACGAUCCACAAAUUCAGACGUAUGCAACGCUUCCAGCCCUUUGAAGCUGUCUUAGAAGCUCUACGGGAUUCCACGUUUGUAGAGUUGACCGACAAUGAGACUCGCGUUCGACGAAAGGAUCUGCCAGAGGACUGGGACGAUCCGAACAGAAUCACCGUACAAGAAAAUGCUGCCACGCCACGCAGCGUCUAUGUCAAAGGCUUUGGAGACGAAGUUGCGAGUACACAAUUCGAUAUUGAAGCUUUUUUCGAGCCCUAUGGUCCCGUAAACGCAGUCCGUCUGCGACGUGCCAAUGACAAGCUGUUCAAGGGAAGUGUUUUUGUCGAGUUCAAGACAGAAGAGUUGGCCAAAGCAUUCCUCGCCUUGGAUCCCAAGCCGCAGUACAAGGGCAACGAACUUCAGAUCAUGAGUAAGCGAGAGUACACCGCGAAGAAGGCGGAGGACAUCAAAUCCGGCAAGAUCGUACCGAACCAGUCCAAGUUUCGUUCAGGCAGAAGAGAUGACCGCAAUGGCCGAGAUCACAAGAGAAAGAGAGACGAAGAAGAUACCCGAGACUGGAGAACUCGCAGAGACGAGGACAAGAAGCGUGGUUUCCGGGAUGAUAAGAGACGUGGUGAUCGUGGAAACAGAGGUGGUCGGUCGUAUGAGAACAAGACAGAUGAGAAGGGAAUACCCACCGUCAAGUCUUCUGCUGGGCCCAAGGACUCUGGUCGCGAUGAUGCACUGGCCAAGGCCCGAGCAGCCGUCGAGGAAGAGACGAAGAAGGAGCAGGGAAAAUCAGCUGAGCAACAGAAUGGUAGUGCUGAGGAGUCUACGGGCAAGAAGCGCGCCAGAGAAGAAGACGGCGAGGCCGGACCAGAGUCAAAGAAAGUUGACCUCAAAGUCUGA